UUGUUGGGCGGCCGACUCCAGCAAGUCCUGGAACUAGCCUUUCUUGGCUCUGGAACAGACUCACUGGCUGCUCUCUGUGCGACUCGAAGAGCGUUCCGGACUGGCAGUAUGACGACUGCCCUUUCAUCUCCUCCCGUUCGGUGCACCGGAUUCCAUGGCUGGUCCAUCAUCAGGCUCCAUGCAGGCAUCUGCCUCACAGCCUCCGGCGACAUUCUCGGUUCUUUUCCAUUACCAGCCUUGUUCGUGCCGCUGUCCGUACGCUGCAUCAUA